AUGAGAAACUGUGUAGAUACAGAGAAAAGGGAAGAAUACCUUAUUUGUACAAACUUUACAAGCAACGAAAUAACGAGUAGUCCUAAAUCAUGGCAUCUUCUUCAGGGAAACUUGCUCAAUAGCGCCUUUCUGUUCCUAACCAGUAAAGUUGUGUUUAACUUCCAGAUUGUCUUUCUGAUCAGCAUUCUUUUGAUCACCUUGAAUGGAGUGCAAGUAAACUGCAUUACUGAGAGCUAUUCCUUAAGUGUUUCCGCAAAUGGAGCGACGUUUACCGGAGAUGUAGAAGUGGAUGUCGACAAUCAAACCGAAGUGUUCCGUGUUCCUCAGCACAACGAUGUGGACGCAAUGGAAAUGAUGAAUGACUUUAGAGAGGGUUUGUCUGUUUACCGAGUACCAUCAGCACGUGCCUGCUAUGUAUCUAAGCUGGAUUCAUCUCUUCCAGAGCCAGGGAAGAUGAGAAUCAACAUGGAACAGGUCUCGAUGCAGCCCCGCUUAUCCCGUCAUGUGACAACCAAGAAAAGAGCUUGGAGAGUGGAGGGUUUUGCGAAGCGAUCAGCUUUGUCUAAGAAGUUUCUGGAUUUCUGUGGCAGUUUUCCAAUCUAUACCAUUGAACAAACGUCGAUGGAUUUUAGUGUGAGCUCGCUUAGGAGAGGUCAUGGCCGUUUUAAAAGGAGUGGACCUAAUACGACCCCGUUUACAUUUAGAAAUUUUGCCGCAUGUAGUUAUCAAG